AUGAUACCGUGGUUAAAGUUUGUGGAGAGAGCAACCACGCGGCCGCACGUGUCGCAACUUUUGGUCAAAGCUCUUCAAACACAAGUGAGAACAAAUGCCUAUCGAGCUUCACUGGGAAGAAUAUCAAGGCAACAAUUUCUUCUACGUUAUCCGGCGACAUUGUUGAGGCCAGAUGGUUCAACGGUUGAGGCGCGAGUAGCGGAACCGAGACAGGUUAUUCAACUAGCUGUUGACCUCAAGACACUGAGCGAGGAUGAACGAAGGCAACGGUUAGCCGCCAGAAAGCCGAAAGCUAAGAAGAUUAAAAAGGAGGAAAUUGACGAUAACUUUGACUCGAACGAAUAUUUGAGCAUGUGGGCCGGAGAUAAUGUGGACAAAGGAGCAGCAUUGGCAGCCGCCGACCAAACGGCAUCGCAAAGUGCAAAAAUAAAAAGCAAGAGGAAGAAAAGCAAA